AGCUCCAUCGAAACAUACGCAUAUAAAUACCUCUAUAUACUCCAAAUGUAUGUCGUCCAUUGCAGCUAGCUCAGAGCUGCUUUUAGUUGAGCGGUGAGCCCAACCACACACACAAGUCCACAACAGAUCAUUUAACAGGUAGCCAUGGAUACAGCUGCGAUGGGAAGGUUUCGUCUGCCGGAGCUGUUAAUCAUCGUCUUAGCUGUGGUGCUGUCCGUCGUCGCCAUGGCGUCUGCGGUGCCGGUGCCGGCCAAGCUGUGCGAGACGAACGAGACUGUGGCGGCGGCGAUGCAGCAGAGGAGGCAGCAGCAGAAGAAGGUGGCGGCGGUGCUGGUGUUCGGCGACUCCAUCGUGGACCCUGGGAACAACAACAACCUCCACACCAUGAUCAAGGCUAACCAUGCCCUCUACGGCAAGGAUUUCAUCAACCACGUCCCCACCGGCCGCUUCUCAAACGGCCUCGUGCCCUCCGACUUCAUCGGUUUGAGGAUGAGGCAAGCGUGGAGCGUGGAGGAGAGGAGGCCAAGUGCGAGAAUCAUCAUGUGUUGUUAUCCAACAUCGACAUAUGCGCGAGGGAGGAGAUGGAAGCAGGCGCACCACAAAUGAAGAUGGAUGAUACAAGUCGCUAGAAGAACAACUUGUGUGCAAGGGGCAGCCAACGACGAGAAUGAUCUGUCCACCACAAGUUGAGUACGAGUAUGAGACGCACCAAGACAGCCUACGAUGAGUCCGACACGUCUAAGGGGCACCCGGACCUGCGAGUCCAUAUUUAAGCCAAGUCCUAUUCGGGUUUGUUGUAUGAUUUUGAGUCGAACCUAGUUUGAGUCCGAGUCUGCAC